GGGUUGGGGAGCAAAAUCAAAGAUUUUUAAAAACGGGGUGCAAAGUCCAACAACAACAUCCAAGCCUAAAUCCCAAAAAACGGGGUGCAAAGUCCAAUUUAGACAAUAAUAUGAGAUGCAAACUCAAAUUACCCCUUAUUGUUACUAAUAUAUAACCAAAUACUCCGUACAUUAAUAAUCAAAAUAUUAUGUUCUAAAACAAGAAAAUGAAAAUGUUGCAUUAAAAAAUUAAAAAUCACAUGAAAUAUGAUCUUGUCAUCUUUCCUAUGAAUAGUACGAUUUUAUACACGUAUGUCAGUGUGGUAGGCCGGUUGCAGCGCCGAGUGAGCUUUCCAUGCUUUUUUCAUUUCUAGUACGGAGUAUUUCUCAUGAUAAAAAUGACACGAUUAUUUAAACAAUAAUUGAAUAAGAUAAAUUGAGUAUAUUUUGAAUUUUUAUGGGUAUAUAAUAUAAUGAGUUCAUUAGUGAUAAAUGAAAUAUUAUAGAUGCAUUAUUUUUUGUAUUUGAUGAUUAAAUAUCAUUUUAAAGUGAUAAUUAUUUUCUAAAAUAGAGUUGAGAACCUUUAUCUAAAACGUUCAAAAAAGAAAAGUUGGAAAUCUUAAGUUGGGAUGAAGGAGAUAGUUAUUGUUGACUAAAUUAAUUGCCCUAUUAAAAAAUGAAGCAUCAAUUUUUAACAUACAUAGUUAUAUUUAUAUUUUUCCUUUAGUUCUCACUGUCCUUUUAUUAAUUCGUGAAGAUUAAGCGGAGGGAAGAGAUCAUGACGUAAACCCUAGUGUGGCCGCCGCCUUUGGUAGCUAUCACCGGAGAUUGAUCACGAGAACAAAGGAGGCUAGCGGCCAGACGUAUAGGAAGGGGAAGAGACACGGACCAAGCGUAGGAUUCAGCGUGGGCUUUCUUCUAGUCCACUCCAUGGAAUUUUAUGGGAGUUUUCUUCUCUUGAUUGCAGCAAGCGUACCACACAACAAAACAGGUCCUUGCUAACAGUGCAUGACGUUUGUUGGAAUGAGUAUCGUUUGUUGGAAGUGUAGAGCCCUGGGUAAUUUGGCCAUUGUCUAGGUUCUGGCAGAUUUGGUGUGUGAGAAGAAGCCACAAAUUGUGUUUCUGAUGGAAACUAAAGCUGUCCAAUUAGGUAGAUGCGACUUAGUUCGUCAACAACUGGGUUUUUGGCAUGGCUUUCUGUCAAUAGUCAGGGGAUCAGUGGGGGUUUGAGCUUAUGGUGGGGUGAGGAUGUAUAUUAUCGAUUGAGGCAUGGGCUGACGACUUGUGUUGACUGCCAUAUCAAAUUAGAAGAGGGAGAUCCAACAUGGAGGUUUAAGAGUUUUUACGGGUUCCCAGAACGCAGUCGACGUAGGGAAUCAUGGAAUCUUAUUCGGGAUCUCUCUAGACAGAGCAACUAGCCAUGGCUCAUGUUAGGUGAUUUUAUGGAUAUUCUCCAUGCAAACGAGAGAAGAGGUCGUACACUGCAGCCCAAUCGGCUCAUUAAUGGAAUCCCGAGAGACAAUUUGUGGGAGCGACCUCUGUAAUGUUCCUUUUGAUGGAUAUCAGUGGACCUGGGAAAGGGGUAAAAGAACAAGUUGGUGGAUUGAAGAAAAAUUGGACAGAUUUUUUACCAAUGGUGGUUGGUUAGACACCUUCUAAGAGAUUCAAGCCUUCUCUCUAGAAGGACUGUUCAACGACCAUCUUAUGCUAUUCAUUUUGUUUGAUUACCUAACCAAGCGACACUUUACAAAAGUCUUCAAGUUUGAAAAUAUUUGGCCGAAAGACAAGGAUUACAAAGUGGUAAUGCGACCGAGUUCGGAAGGCAGACUGCAACGGAGUAUUUGAUUGUGUAUUAGUGAUAGUGGUAAAGCUUUAAAGUGUUGGAGUAUGUAGGAAGAGAGGAAGUUUGGGUUUCAAGCUAGGAUCAAUCGGUGUAGGUACAGACUGGCUUACCUGUGGAAUAUGUAUGAUAUGAGAAGUGCAGAUGAGUUCAGGAGAGUGAAAGUGGUCUUGAUCGAUAUCCUAAAACAACAAAAUGAUUUCUAGAAACAAUGAGCAAAGGAGUUCUGACAGAAACAAGGAGAUGUCAAUACCUAGUGCUUUCAUAAUUCAAUGAAGCAACGAAGGCGUAUAAAUACUUUGAAAGGGCUCAAGAGUUCUGAUGGUAGGUGGGUGCGUGAUAGGGGAUAACUAAAUUUUCUGAUACAAGAAUAUUUUCAAGGGCUAUUUACAUCAGAUGGAGCCAGAGUGAGACAAGAGGAUUAACAGGGCUUGGCACGAGUUCCAAGUAGUGAUAAUGAUAGCUUACUCAGACCAAUCACGAUAGAGAAUGUCAAGAAAUCGGUUUUUUCUAUGCAUCCCGACAAAGGUCUAAGGCCUCACAGCCUUAAUCCAUGUUUUUCCCGCAUUAUUGGGAUAUUGUGGGUCAUGAUAUUUUUUAUUAUUGCAAAAACAUUUUUGAGGGUGGUUAUCUCCCUGUUGGGAUCAAUGCCACCAAUAUGGUCCUCAUACCUAAAAAAGUGAGUCCUGAAAAUAUGGGCGAUUGGAGGCAUAUUGCUUUGUGUUCUGUUGUUUAUAAGAUUUUUUCUAAACUUAUGGCAAACCGGCUAAAAGGAUGCUUAAACCGCCUUGUUUCCAACACUCAAAGUGAUUUCUUUCCGGGUAGAUCUAUAGUGGAUAACAUUAUGAUAGCCUUUGAAACACAUCACUACCUAAAAAGGGAAAUCCCAAGGUAAAGAAGGUUAUGUUGCUCUGAAAUUGGAUAUGAGUAAAGCCUGUGAUAGUGUGGAAUGAGAUUUUCUUUUUAAGGUGAUGGAAGUUAUAUGGGUUUUGUUGCAAAGCUGAUUUGACUGAUCCAUGCUUGUGUGGAGGGUGUGGCCGUGUGGUGUAUUGUAUCCCUUUCGAUGGUAAUCCUAUUGGGCUGAUCAGACCUCAAAGGGGACUGUGUCAGGGGGACCCUCUUUUUGUCCUUAUUUGUUUAUUCUUCUUACUGAGGGCUUGGGCCAACUUAUUAGAAAUUAUGAGUGCCUGGGAAGGAUCCACGGUGUUUUGGUGGCUAGGGGAGCACCGAGCAUAUCCCACCUUGUUUUUGCAGAUGACGGCUUCCUUUUAUUUAGGGCAAGUGACGUGGAAAGUCUGGUGAUUAAUUUUUUUUUACAAACGUAUGAGUGUGCCUCGAGACAGAAAACAAAUUUUGCUAAAUCCUCAAUUUCUUUUAACCCCAAUGUCCAGAUUCAGGUGAAAGACAGAAUAUGCAUUUCUCUAGGAGUUUCAACCGGAGAGAUGUGUACCCGCUACAUGGGAUUACCUACGCUAGUGGAACGGUGAAAGACAAUGAUCUUGAAAUAUUUGAGAGAGAGAAUUCUAAAGAACAUAACGAGUUCGAACAAUAGAUUUUUUUCAAAAGUAGGAAGGAAGAUACUUUUGAAAACGGUCAUUCAGACAAUGCCUUCCUAUGUCAUGAACGUGUUCCUUCUACCCCUGGAUUUGUGCUCAGAGAUAGAAAGCUUAAUGAAUGGAUAUUAGUGGUAGGGAAAGGAUCUACAGGGACGUGGCAUAUGUUGGAAAUCUUGGAAAGCUUUAUGCAAUCCCAAAUCUAAAGGUGGGUUGAGGUAUCCUUCAGUAAGAAAAUAUAAUAUUGUUAUGUUGGGAAAGCAAGCUUGGUGAUUCACUAUUGAUCUGGAGUUACUGGUUGGUAAGGUCUUUAAUUUAAAGCCCAAUAUUUCCCCAAAUCUUCUUUUCUGGAUGCCAAGCUGGGGAGUAAUCCUUCUUUUAUAUGGCGAAGCAUACUUGAAGCUCAGAAGGUUAUUUGAGAGGGGACAAGGAGGAAAGUGGGUAAUGGUCAGGUUAUUUUGAUCUGGAAUGACAGGUGAUUACCAGGGGAAGGAACAAGUUUGGUUACUUCAAAUAAGUCUAAUGGAGUUCAUGACAUGAAUGUGGCAGCUUUAAUCAAAGAGGACUAGUUGGGAUUGCAUCUGGAAAGGAUUAGAUAUGUUUUUAAUGAUCGGGAUAUGUUAACAAUUUUAAGUAUUCCACUCAACCGUAGGGAGGUAAAGGAUGGCUACUGGUGGAAUGGGGAUUCAUGAGGGCAGUAUACAGUUAACUCAUGAUACAGAAAGCUGAUUGGUGAGGUGGAGGUGAAUGCUUGGGUGAGUUGGACCAACAUGUGGGAUUUUUUAUUCCACCUAAAAUAAAGCACUUCUUUUGACAAGUGAUGACAAAUGUUCUGUCAGCGGCAGGUAAGCUGAGAAAAUGAAAGGUGGAGAUACCAGGUGAUUGUAAGCUAUGUAACGAGGAAGACAAGACUGUGACUCAUCUUUUAAAGGAUUGUCAGGCUGCAGCUUUAGUUUGGGAAAAUCCCAGACUGACUUCCAACGGCCUGCGUCUUCUUGGUAGAAGUGGGUGCGCAAACUUUUCAGUACUUUGAAAGAGGAGGAUCUAUGCAGAUUUAUUACUCAUGUGAGGUAUAUGGAAGGAAUGUAACGAGGUGGUAUGGAAUAACCAAUGUUUUGAUGUUUCACAUAUGAUAAAUAUGGAAGGUUUUAUACUUCGAGGAUGGCCAACUGCACAGGGCACCACGAGGACAAGUAGAGAAAUGACGGUAGUCGAGACCCAUUGAACUAGACCGGCUGCCAGAACCAUCAAGAUCAAUGUUGAUGGAGCUAUUCAUGAUCUUCAGAGAAGCCGAGCUUGGGGAUGGAUUGCAAGAGACCACAACGGCAAGUGUAUUCGAGGUGGAUGGGAAUCUCAAACGGCAGACUGGUCGACAAGCAUUACAGAGGCACUUGGUGUUUGAGCGACACUCAUAUGGGCGAAGAAUCAAUGAUGGAAUCAUAUCAUGUUAAAGACAGAUGCACAACUGAUCACGACAAGGUUGUAGGAAAGCUCAAGUUUUUUUAUUUAGAUACUAUAAUUGUUGAUAUUAGAUACAUUCUUCAGAAUGAAGCUAGGUUUGUUGUCGAGUUCUGUAGACGAUCUGUGAAUUGUGUGACCCAUAAGCUUGCUAGGGCAACAUUAUUCAAUGUUGGUAGUGAUUCUUUUGAUGUUUUUACCUUGUAUUUCGAACCAGUUGAUGAAUGAUUAUUUGAAUUUAUAUAUGGUGUUUUUCUAUUAAAAAU